AUGUCUUCAUUCCACAAGACCACCGAUGCCGGAGUCGGCAAGGAACCGGUCUCCGUCUCCCUUGAGCCUGUCUCUCCCAAUGCCCAGUGUCCUUCAGAGAUAAAGACCGAAGGCCAGGAGCAGCAGGAUGCCGUUCGCGUUGCCGACGCAAUCACCGCCAGCUGGUCCAGGAAGUCUCUCAUCGUCACCUAUGCCUCAAUGUGGAUGCUGUACUUUGUCAACGGACUCAACAAUAACCUGACCUCCAACCUGUCGGCCUACAUCACCAGCGACUUCUCCGCCCACUCGCUGCUCACCGUCAUCAGUGUCGUGACGAGUGUCAUGGGCGCCGCCUGCCCGAUGCCCAUUGCGAAGAUCCUGAAUCUGUGGGAUCGGACGGUCGGAGUCUGUAUCAUGGUGUUGAUUGCCAUCAUGGGUCUCAUCAUGAUGGCUUGCUGCGAUAAUAUUGCUACGUAUUGUGCUGCGCAGGCCUUCUAUACCGUCGGCUUCACCGGGGUCAUCUUCUGCGUUGACGUCCUGACUGCCGAUACCUCUUCCAUGCGCAAUCGGGGCAUUGCCUUUGGCUUUACCUCGUCUCCGUACAUCAUCACUGCCUUUGCUGGAUCGCCGCUGUCCAACCAGUUCCACGAGACCAAUUGGCGAUGGGCGUACGGGACGAUCUGCAUCAUCCUUCCCAUUGUCGCGGCCCCGUUGAUCAUCACCUGGGAGUUGGCCAAGCGCAAGGCGGCAAAGGAGCACCGGCUGGAGGUCAAGGCUCGCGGCGACCGUUCCAUCGGGCAGAGUGUCUGGUAUUAUGUUGUGGAGUUCGACGUCAUCGGUAUCUUCCUGAUGGUCGGCGGCCUCAUCCUCUUCCUCACCUCAUUCAACAUCGCUGGCAAUGAGACGGGCGAGUGGAGGUCGGCCAAGAUCAUCGCCAUGAUCGUCGUUGGGUUCUGCGUUCUCGUUGCCUUUGUGGCCUACGAGCGAUGGGGCGCCCCAAAGCCCUUUAUCCCCUACCGGCUUUUGACUGACCGGACGGUCGUCGGUGCGUGUCUGCUGGACAUCACCUACCAGGUCUCGUACUACUGCUGGGCCAGCUACUUCACCUCGUUUCUGCAGGUGGUGUACAACACCAGCCUCACCCAGGCCGGGUACAUCAGCGCCAUCUUUGACCUCAUGGAUCCGGUCUGGCUGAUUGGAUGCGGUUUCCUGAUUCGCUGGACCGGUCGCUUCAAAUGGAUUCUCAUGUGUGCUGUUCCCCUUUAUCUGCUUGCCAGUGGCUUAAUAAUCUACUUUCGUACUCCCGGCCACAGCGUCGGAUACAUGUGCAUGUGUCAGAUCUUCCUCGCCGUCGGUGGUGGGACCAUGAUCCUGAUCGAGCAGGUUGCCGUCCUUGCAGCAGCAAGCCAUGAGGACUAUGCCGGCAUGCUGGCCUUGCUUAGCACGUUCGGUAACAUCGGCAGCGCAGUCGGCAGCAGUGUCUCGGGUGCCAUUUGGACCAACACCCUGCCUGAGAGAUUGCGAGACUAUCUCCCUGCGGAGACGAAGCACCUCUGGUCGGACAUUUAUGAGUCACUGGAUGUCCAACUGAGCUAUCCCGUGGGCUCGCCAACUCGCAUUGCCAUCCAGAACGCCUAUGCGUCGAGUCAGCGAAACAUGAUGAUUGCCGGCACGGCGGUCAUGGGCCUCUCGAUUGGCUGGGUCUUGAUGAUGAGGAAUAUUGUCGUCAAAGACAGAGAGGCGACCUUGUCGAGCGUGUUGUUCUAA